GAUGUAGUUAGUGUGUGACGGUAGCUAUACCUUUGUUGUGCAGCAGCUCCACAGUGAUCGUCUGUGCCAAGUUACUUUCAAAGGCAGGAGAGAAAGAUAUGACAGGAGCCUGUACUAAAAUGUGAUUGAUGGGUCUCAGAGACCCCGUGAGGAACAGGUGCCGCACCACUCAUCAAGAAGAAGAGGGUAAAGAUGAAGCAGUACGUGGUCACCAGGCCACUCUACUCAGAGGACGCCUUCGCAGACGAACAUGAGAAGAUCCACAGGCACCAUAAGACCGUGCGGCACCAUGUCAAGCAGUAUUUUACUUGUGACCUCAAGCGCGCUAAGAACGCAGCGCUCUCUCUGCUGCCUUUCAUUGGUUGGAUGAGAAUCUACCAGCUGAAGGAAUGGUUGCUGAGUGAUAUUGUAUCUGGGGUCAGCACUGGACUGGUAGCUGUUCUACAAGGUCUGGCAUACUCCCUGCUGGCCUCCCUCCCUCCAUGGUACGGACUCUUCACUGCCUUCUUCCCAGUGAUCGUCUACUUCUUCCUUGGCACUUCCAGACAUAUAUCAGUAGGGGCGUUCCCUGUUCUGAGCCUCAUGGUGGGUGCAGUGGUGACGAGGCUUGUGCCUGACGAAGGCCCCCCAGUCAACAUCACUGGGUUUGAGGGGCUGACCAGCGAUGAGCAGAGAGUAAUGGCGGCCGCCUCUGUCACCUUCCUCAUGGGGAUAAUGCAGCUGGCCAUGGGUCUGCUGCAGGUAGGCUUCAUCGUCAUGUACCUGUCAGACACGCUGGUGUCUGGGUUCACAACCGCGGCUGCUGUCCACAUCCUGGUGUCCCAGCUGAAGUUUGUGUUGGGCCUGGUGGUGCCGGGACUCAGUGGACCGCUGUCCAUCGUUUAUACCCUGGAGAAGAUCUUUGUCCAGAUCGAGAAGACCAACGUGUGUGACCUGGUGACGUCCAUAUUGAUCAUGGUGGUGGUGUUCAUAGUGAAGGAGAUCAACGAUAGAUACAAAGCCAAGUUGCCUGUUCCCAUCCCCAUAGAGGUUAUCAUGACUGUCAUCGCUUGUGGCGUUUCCUAUGCAUUCAACUUCCGGGUGAAUUAUAAAGUUGAUGUUGUCGGCCGUAUUCCAGUGGGGUAUGAGUCCCCUAUGGGCCCGAACGUGCAGAUCUUCGGGCAGACUGCUGUUGAGGCGUUCCCUAUGGCCAUAGUGGGCUUUGCUGUCGCCUUCUCUGUCGCCAAGGUCUACUCAGUCAAACACGAUUACAUCAUAGACGGAAAUCAGGAGCUGAUAGCUUUUGGGGCCAGUAACAUCAUUGGAGCAGCCUUUAAGUCGUUUGCAGCAAGCACAGCUCUCUCCAGGAGUGCGGUACAGGAGAGUACAGGUGGUAAAACCCAGAUUGCUGGUCUACUGUCAGCGCUCAUCGUGAUGGUCGUCACCUUGGCUAUCGCGUUCUUAUUGGAGCCACUUCCAAAGUCGGUGCUGGGGGCAGUGGUCAUAGUGAACCUGAAGGGGAUGUUGAUGCAGAUCAGAGAAGUCCCUUACCUGUGGAGGAGAGACCGGCCCGACUGUGUGGUGUGGCUGGUGACCUGCCUGGCUUCCAUCCUGUUGGGGCUGGAUCUGGGGCUGGCUGUAGGUCUAGGGAUCCAGCUGCUCACUGUUGUCUUCAGGGCUCAGUUCCCACGUUGCAGUGUCCUAGCCAAUAUCACAGGAACAGAUAUCUACAAAGACCGCAAGGAUUACAUGAGUAUCUAUGAGCCAGAGGGUGUGAAGAUCUUCAGGAUACCGUCACCCAUCUUCUUUGCCAAUAUAGAUUUUUUCCGAGGCAAGCUGGUGGAAUCUGUGGGCUUUAACCCUUUGAGGGUGUUGAGGAAGAGAAACAAAGCCCUGAGGACGAUCAGGAAACUUCUAAAGAAAGGAGAGCUGCAGAUGACAUCUCAAGGCCUACUGCUCACCAGCUCUGGUCCCAUUGAGGAGUCUGAGGAUGAGAGCAACAUGGAGGAACUGGACCAGCCCACUGACUUCAAGGACCUUCCUCUCCAGGUGAACUGGAACUCUGAGCUUCCUGCCAACAUCCAUGUCCCCAGAGUAGACGUCCACAGCCUGAUCCUGGACUUCUUAGCCGUCUCCUUCCUCGACAUCUCUGCCCUCAAGGGACUCAAAGCGGCACUCAAAGAGCUCAUUCGGGUUGAAGUUGAGGUCUACAUUGUGGCAUGUGACGCGUACAUCCUGAAGAAACUGCACAGCUGUAUGUUCUUUGACGACGAGGUGAAGUCGUCCAUGUUUUUCCUGACCCUCCACGAUGCCAUGCUGCAUAUCCUGGAGAAACAUCCAGUAAACUCUGAAAACACAAAAGUCUGUGAAAAGGUUAUAACAACAGCCACUAUCCAUGGCAACCAAUGCAAUGGUGUGUCAAGUUUGCGUAGCAGGGACAGAUUUGUACAUGUCUCAGAGUCAGAAACCAAGUUCUAGUUCCAGAACUACACUCUCAGAUGUCAGUACUUUCAUUUCCUGGGAUGGCAUUUCCUGUGAUCGCUGUGCUUUCUGGUGAUAAUUGACAUAAGACACAUGACGCUGUCCUAAAAUGGACAACAUACAGUAACCAUAUAUACACAGGACACCACUUAUUGAGCUAAUAAUUGUACAUAAAAUAUAUUUGAAUUUUUUUUGUACUGUUAAACAGAUACUCAAUGGCAAGUGUUAUGAGAUUUUGAAAGAAAUAUCACAAAACGUCAUUCAUUUAUUUAUUUUUAAAUAGCUUGACCAUGUUGCAUUUUAUAUGUGUGCAUAGGAAUUUCAUAGGAAUGUUAACUUUGAUGUAUUUUAUAUGUAAAAUAAAUGUACUUCUUAGCACAAAGUAUUUCCGCCAGCAAGAAAUGAAGCAAAAUAAG